AUGGUGUCCAGCAAGUUUUCUGUCGUCGCUACGGCUGUUGCAGCCCUAGCUCCCCUGGCGUCUGCUUUCGAUGCCUCCUCAAGAUCUAACCUUGCCAUUUACUAUGGCCAAGGCUAUGACCAGCAACGUCUGAGCCACUUCUGUCAAGAGACCUCCUUGGACAUCAUCAAUAUUGGAUUUAUCAACUAUUUCCCCGAUCAGGGCGCUGCAGGAUGGCCUGGCUCCAACUUUGGCAACCAGUGCGACGGUACCACCUACGUUAUUGGUGGCGUCAAAACCCAGUUGCUGUCCGGCUGUCAUCAAAUCAUCGAGGAUAUUCCCAUCUGCCAGGCGGCUGGCAAGAAGGUCAUGCUGUCCCUUGGUGGUGCCUCUCCUGCAAACCAGAAGAUCCUCACCGAGGACUCUGCCGUCGCCUUCGCCACUUUCCUGUGGGGAGCCUUUGGCCCGGUCGCUGAGGGCUGGAACGGUCCUCGUCCCUUUGGGGAUGUCGUUGUUGAUGGCUUUGACUUUGACAUCGAGCACAACGGUGGUUUUGGUUAUGCCACCAUGGUCAACACCUUCCGUGAGUACUUCAAGGAGGUGCCGGACCGUCAGUUCUAUCUCUCGGCUGCUCCCCAGUGUGUCAUCCCGGAUGCGCAGCUCAGUGAUGCAAUCUUCAACUCCGCCUUCGACUUCAUCUGGAUUCAAUACUACAACACCGCUGCAUGCUCGGCCCGCAGCUUCGUGGACAACACUCUCGGAACCUUCAACUUCGAUGCCUGGGUGACCACCCUCAAGACCACCGCCAGCGCGAACGCCAAGCUGUAUGUUGGUCUGCCGGCCAGCAAGACUGCAGCCAACGCGGGUUACUACCUCACUCCCGAGGAGGUCGAGCCCCUGGUUUCCACCUACAUGGACCGGUACCCUGACACGUUUGGCGGUAUCAUGCUUUGGGAGGCUACCGCUUCUGAGAACAACAAGAUCGAUGGCAUCACCUAUGCCGACCACAUGAAGGAUAUCCUUUUGGACUGUGACCCGAGCCCUCCCGUAACCACCACAUCCUCCAGCGCUAUCCCAUCGAGCACUCCGGUGACUUCGGCCACGCCUUGGCCAUCAAGCAGUGCUGUGCCUUCCAGCACCCCUAGCAUCUCUGUGACCCCAUCGCCGUCUAGCAGUGCCGUUCCUUCCAGCACCCCAACUCCUUCUGCAAGCCCUUCGGCCUCAAGUCCCGUCGUACCUUCGAGCACUCCUGUUUCGUCCAGCACCCCGGUAAUUCCUGGAACUUCGACCUCUAGCAGCGCUGUCUCCUCAAGCACCCCAGUUGCCUUGAGCACCCCUGUCAUUCCUGGAACUUCGAUCUCUAGCAGCGCUGUCUCCUCAAGCACCCCAGUUGCCUCGAGCACCCCUGUCAUUCCUGGGACUUCGACCUCUAGCAGCGCUGUCUCCUCAAGCACCCCAGUCGCCUCGAGCACUCCUGUUUCGUCCAGCACCCCGGUCAUUCCUGGAACUUCGACCUCUAGCAGCGCUGUCUCCUCAAGCACCCCCGUUUCAUCAAGCACCCCGGUCAUUCCCGGAACUUCGGCCUCUAGCAGCGCUGUCUCAAGCAGCCCCGUUGCCUCGAGCACUCCUGUUUCGUCCAGCACCCCGGUCAUUCCCGGAGGCUCAACCUCUUCUAGCCAGCCAGUCGCAUCGUCAACCCCUCUGAGUACUUUGACUCUGACAGUUUCGCCUACGCCCGUCGGACCCCCAACUCAGUCCAGCACUGUGAUUUCUCCUGGCGUGCCUUCCUCCCCUGCAGUGCCCAGCUCACCCUCCGCCUCCGGCACGCCCUCCACGAGCAAGCCUGUCAUCCCUACCACUUCUUCGACCUCGGGACACUCCAGCGCCCCCGUUCCUUCAAGUGUCCCUCCCACCGGUUCUACGAUUGUCCCUGGCACCAGCUCGGGUGCUGUCAGCCAGUCAAGCUCCAGCUCCACCGAUGUGUCCAGCUCUAGCCAGACUGACGUCGGCACUUCCCCAUCGCAAACCGCCGGCCCAUCGACAACCACUGCCACCACCACGUCCUCGUCUUCCUCUGACGAGAGCUCUACUACCGUCGGCAACGGCAGCGGCAAUGGCAGCGGAUCGACUACCACUACUGCUGCGACCGAAUCCAUCACCGCUAUGCCUACCGCCAGCUCUUCGGCUGCCGCUACUGGCACCAGCUCGGAGCCUGUGACCAUUACCACUGUUAUCGUGACUUCCUACAUCGACAUCUGCCCUACUGGCUUCACCACUGUUACCACUACGUACACAACGACAUACUGCCCGGGCACUAACACUGCGACCGCCACGGCCACUGUUACGAACCCUCCGUCCGGACCUGGUGGAGCCGGAUCGCAAACCCCGGCUCCCACUGUUCCCGAAGGCUGGACCACCACCGUGACUGUCUGCACUCAGUGCGCUUCCAAGCCAACCACAGUGACGUUGACUCUCCCUGUGACUGUCACCGAGACCGAAACUGGGUCGACUUCGACCGGCGUUGUGCCCGCACCCCCUGCCGCUACUGGUGAGGGAUCGAACCCCACCCAGCCAUCGGGUGUUUCCCCCACCGGUGGUGCCGGCGGGUCUUCUGAAGGAGAGGUUCCUUCUCCAGCAGUGACUCAGGUUAGCAUGACUACCGACGUAGUGACCCUUACCCGUCCCACUUCGAGCCGCCCCCUGAUCCUCGGCACGGGCGCUGUCCGCCCUUCGUCGACGCUGGCUGUGAAGCCAUCGGCCAAGCCGUCGGGUCAAACCUCGGGCAGUGGCACACACUUGCCCAUUCCUCCUAGCAGCACUCAGGAAGGUGUGUCGCCCUUGUCCACCGGUGCUGCCUCGCGCAUGGCUGGGCUGGGUCACGGCUUGGUCCUCACUGUUCUCGCCCUGUCCGCGUUCUUCGUGUUGUAA